AUGGAAUCAACGAAUCUGGGUUAUUCAGGAGUAAAAGCAUCCAGGAGUAAAGCAUCCAAUCAGUAUUUGGGUAUUUCGUCGACCUGGUAUUUCGAAUCGGAAGCUACGGGUUUCCCAGAAAUACGGCGGAGAAUGGCGGCGAAUCUCAGUAUCUCUGCGGAGAUGGUGGUGGUGGUUCCGGUAAGUAACAGAGGGGAAUUUAUCGUGGUGGAGAAGGCGAAGAGUGUAUUUAGACUCAUCGCGAAAUGGGUGUUGUUUUGUUGA